AACAAAUGUCCAAAACCAUUUUAUUGAUAAAUACUUUACCUAUCAGCUUACAAGUUAUACAACUUGCAAUUGGUGAAAAAAACAAAGCCUGUCCGUGACCACUAGAUCGAAAUUACCGAAAUACCCUUUCGCAUUUACUACAACAGAUACAAAAUCCAAGGUUAUUUCGGUAUUUUCAAGUUUCUGUCUAAAGCUCUUCUCUAUCUUGAUAACUCCCUUGUUCUGGUCGCCAAAUAAAAAACGAAGUUCUCCUCCUCAAAUCACAAGGACAUAGACUGUAAUUUCGCGAUGGGGUCAAGGGACCAAAAGGUAAAAUGGAGCUGGAGCUCAGCCUUAAUCGGAGCAGCAUCAGCAACAGCAGCAGCUUCUCUCCUAAGUGCCAAGCCAAAAGAUCCAACAUUCCACCUUAUCUCUAUAGACCUAACCUCACUGAAACUAAACCUCCCUGUCCUCGACGCAGAGCUAAUGCUUACCGUACACGUCACUAACCCUAACAUCGCAGCCAUCCAUUACUCAUCCACCACCAUGACAAUCCUCUACGACGGCACGGUUCUUGGCUCGGCUGAGGUCAAGGCUGGUUCGCAGCCGGCGAGAUCUUGUCAGCUUCUCCGGUUACCGGCGCGUCUCGAUGGUAUGGAGCUUGCGCAACACGCGCGGCAGUUCUUUUCUGACGUGGCGAAGAGAGAGAUGAAACUUGAGGCUAAGCUUACUAUUGAAGGAGCGGCUAAGGUUAUGUGGUUGGAUCAUAGUUUUAGGGUUCACGUGGAUAGUUUUGUUACCGUUGAUCCUGUUUUUCUUGAUAUUAUUGGUCAAGAGAAUAAGUCUCAGAUGGAUUUGUUUCUUACUUAAAAGAUAAAUUAUUAUUGUACCAUUUUUAGGUUGUGGUUAAUUUAAUAUUUUUCACUUA